GCAGUGGUGCCAGUGUUUUAAUUUUUGAUUAUAUUACUUCUUUUCUGAUAGCAUCUUGAUGCGGUUGUCUCCUGCAAGUCCAGAGUAUAAUGGCAUAGCAGCUCUUAAUAUUCUUUACGAGGCUGGCCUAGAUGAAAACAAUAGACCAAUUGUAGUUUUGAGCGCUUGCAAGUUCCCUGAUCCUGAUGUCGUGGAUUAUGACCUCAUUUUAGACUACCUUAUGCAGCGAUUGGAUCAUUUUGUGGAAAAUGAUUACGUGCUUGUUUUCUUCUCGUCACCCGCUCUCUAUCGACCGUCGUGGUUUUGGCUGUUGAAAGCUUAUCGUAUGCUGGAUCGCAAGUACAAGAAGAAUCUCAAGUCAUUGCUGGUCGUCCAUUUAACUACGACUUACCGAGUUAUUUUUGAUUUGGCCAAUCGAAUAGCAAGUCCGAAAUUUGCUCGCAAGUUGCACUACAUCUCAUCGCUGCAGGAACUUGAUGCAAUCAUCCCCUUGGGGCAACUGAACAUUCCACAAGCGGUUGUUGAUUAUGAACUCCAGUUAUCGCCUGUGACCACAUCCGAGUCUUCCCGUUCAGGAACCAAGCGCCGAGUCCAAAAGAAGGUGGUAACACCUUCAGUGGCCUUUGGACGAUCUUUGGAAGAUCUAGCCCAAUUGGAAGGUUACACUGCACAUCCCUCCGACGAUGAUCCAUUUAUUCCUGAAUUCGUGCGUCGGAUUAUCCAGCAUCUAAAGGCAUCAGGACUCCGUCAGGAAGGAUUGUUUCGCAUUCCACCUUCCGCCUCCGAACUGCAGCAAGUGAAACAAGCUUUCAAUCGAGGAGAAACUGUGGAUUUAGCGAAUUACGAUAUUCAUUUAUCAGCCGCUUUACUGAAAGUCUUUCUACGAGAGCUUCCCGAGCCACUGUUAUCCGCUGAUUUGGCCGAUAAACUAGAGGAUUUGACAGACAUGGAUUCGUAUCCCCAGGAGCUUUUGAAGCGGGUUCAUUCGCAGGUGAUGGAGGACUGUAGCAAAAGAGCGCAUGUUGUGGGAUUUUUACAGUAUCUCUUCAAAUUCCUGAACGAGGUAGUACAGCAUUCGAACCGCAACUUGAUGACAGCCCGAAAUCUGGCCAUUGUAUUUGCUCCGACCAUAAUCCGUGCUGCAGGCAGCGACGGAUCUCCCGUACCCACCACGCAGGAUGCGGCGAUUGCGCGUGCUGCUGUUUACAUGCGACAAGUGCAACGCGAUAUGUGUAUUAUUAAAAUACUUAUUCAAGAAUAUCACGAACUAUUAAAAUGGUGAACAAUUGUUUACAUCGCUUAUUUCCAUCCG